AUGCGCGACGAGCAAGCUGGCUUUCGUCCUAGCCUAUCUACGAUUGACCAGGUGUUCAUCGUUAGGAUAGUGAUCGAAAUUUGGCAGCGGUAUUCGAAGCCAAUGCAACUAGCGUUUCUGGACUUUGAAGCCGCGUUCGAAUCUCCUCACCGAGGCCGUCUUCUCAACGCGCUCCGCGCCGAUGGAGUACCAGAGAAGUUCGUUCGCUUGCUUGAUGACAUGACUCAACGAACAACUGCUGCAGUUCGAACACCAGCCGGAUGUACCACACCGUUUGAAGUGGUAACUGGAGUAAGACAAGGGGCAGUGGCAGGACCUUUCCUGUUCAAUUUCGCAAUCGACGACAUUAUGCGAAGAACAGUCGACCAGUGUCCUGCCGACAUAGUCUUAGCACCAUCAGGGUGCCCCUUGACUGACCUCGAGUACGCCGACGAUGUCGUUAUAUUCGCGGAAAGCAGCACGAAACUUCAACAUGUUGUCAACCUUGUAUAG